CAUGAAUUGGGGCGCUCAGGCUUGGGGACUGAGCAGGUCUACCUCAGUUUGACUUUAUCGAUUUGUCUUGUGUGAGUUUCAUGCCUUAUCUUCUGGAACUUAAUGCUUCUCAAAAUAAACUGACUACAUUCUUCAAUUUCAAGCCACCCAAAAAUCUCAAGAAGGUGGAUUUUUCCUUCAACCAAAUUUCUGAAAUGUGUGAUUUGUCAGCAUACCAUGCUCUCACUAAACUAAUUUUGGACAACAAUGAAAUAGAAGAAAUCAAUGGAGUGGAGAUGUGCAGCAGUCUAACUCACCUUAGUUUGGCCAACAACAAGAUCACAACAAUUAAUGGCUUAAACACGUUACCAAUCAAAAUACUUUGUCUGAGCAAUAACCAGAUUGAGAAGAUAACAGGUUUGGAAGAUCUGAAAGCUCUGCAGAACUUGGAUCUGUCCCACAAUCAAAUAAGUAGCCUCCAAGGCUUAGAGGAUCACAACUUCCUGGAAGUAAUCAAUGUAGAGGAUAAUAAGAUUGCUGAGCUGGAUGAAAUAGAAUAUAUUGAAAAUCUUCCUAUCCUUCGAAUUCUCAAUCUUCUAAGAAAUCCAGUUCAGGAGAAAUCUGAAUACUGGCUCUUUGUGAUAUUUAUGCUACUGCGGUUAACAGAAUUAGAUCAGAAGAAAAUUAAAGUGGAAGAAAAGGUGGCAGCUGUGAAUAAAUAUGACCCUCCCCCUGAAGUGGUCGCAGCUCAAGAUCACCUGACCCAUGUUGUCAACAGCGUCAUGCAGCCUCAGAGGAUCUUUGACAGCACCCUUCCUAGUUUGGACGCCCCUUAUCCCAUGCUGAUACUGGCUGGACCUCAAGCUUGUGGGAAACGAGAACUUGCUCACCGCCUCUGCAGACAGUUUAAUUCUUACUUCAGAUAUGGGGCCUGUCACACUACAAGGCCACCAUACUUUGGAGAAGGGGAUCGAGUUGAUUAUCAUUUUAUCUCUCAAGAAGUUUUCGAUGAAAUGCUCAACAUGGGGAAAUUCAUUCUAACAUUUAAUUAUGGCAAUUACAGUUAUGGAUUAAAUAGGGACACCGUAGAAGGUAUUGCAAGAGAUGGUUUAGCAAGCUGUAUCCAUAUGGAAAUAGAAGGUGUAAGAAGUUUGAAAUUUUCCUAUUUUGAGCCUCGAUAUAUCUUGGUGGUACCCAUGAAUAAAGAAAAAUAUGAGGGAUACUUGCGGAGAAAAGGAUUAUUCAGUCGUGCAGAAGUUGAAUUUGCUGUCUCCAGAGUGGACCUUUAUGUUAAAAUUAAUCAGAAAUUUCCAGGUUAUUUUGAUGCAGUAAUCAAUGCAGAUGAUUUGGAUGUUGCCUAUGAAAAGCUAAGUCAGCUCAUUAGGGAAUACCUGGGAUUGGCUGAAGAACCUGCCAAAGGUCUGGCUCCAACUACAGCAGGAGCCCCCUCUAGCAAGAAGACUGCCUCUGGGGUACCAGCACACCUGGUUCCCUCCCCUAGGCGCCUGGCGAAACUGCAAGCAGAUGGCCAGAUAACCGAGCAUCUUUCUGGGCAGGUUCAUAUAAAGGUCCCAGAAAAUCAAGAGCUGGCCCAGGAGGGAGAAACCCAGAAGAAAGAGCUGUCUCCCAGUAGCCUCAUCUCUUCAGAGCCCACCCAUCUUCCCAGCUCACCAGCACUUGGUAUUCCUCAGCAGACCCUGGACGUAUCCCAACACCCAGUGGAAGAGGGAGCUCAACAGUCAGAUCUUUCUCCAAAAAUAACAACCACUGAGACAGAUGUCUCUGAAAGCAAGGCCCAGCCCUCGGAGGUGGAAGCAGAUGGAGGAGAGCAGUCAUCUAUUACCACUUCCCACGUGCUGCCUCAACACCCUGACCCUCCUCCACCCUAUGGGCCUCAUUCACACCAGGAUGAGGAAUCAGGAGAGGCCAAGGUAGCUCCCAGCAGUCCUCCCCCAUCUGAACCUUCACACGGCCCAGCUUCUCUCAGCCCUCAGAAAAUCCAGGAUGUAGAAACUGAGUCCUCCAAACCCACGCCCAGCAGUUCCCACCAGGAUCUUCCAGAAGAUGCUUCCCACCCCGACUCGAUGAAGAAACUUGGUGGAGGCUCUCAACCACCUCUGAAGGAGGAAACCCCCCAGGCAGGAGCAGCCCGGGUCAGUACUCCUUUCCCGGAACUGCCACCUCCCCAAGACUCAUCCACGCACACAAAAGAGACCCAGGACAAGGAACACCCAGUGGCUUUGCUUUCCAGAAGACGGCUGGCUCCUACCAGGCUGCCCCAGCCUCGGACCCUUGCACCCCUCCAGAGCAGGAGGCCCACCCCCAAGCUCCUCUCACCCAGCAGGGAAGAGGCUGCUGGAACAUGCUCAGAUCAAGCCAUGACUCCUUCUCCCAGGCCUCUCCCCACUCAGGAAGCAGACUCCGGUAAGCUUCCUGCCAUCAGUCCUCCCCAUGCCAAACUUCCCCCAAAUCUGAGCUCCCACACCACCCACACCCCUCAAGAGGCCCAGGAAGAAAAAGUCAGUGAGGUAAGACUCCCUCUUAUCAGUCCCUCUGUCCAGGACCAAGCGCCACAGCACAUCCCCAACACAUCCCAGGAGGAUGCUCCCACUGUCAGGCUCCCUAGAAUUCCUACUCCUUUCACCGAACCACAGCUACCUGGAACUACAGAAGCUCACUCUGAUCCAAAGCCUGCAAAGGAAAGGAAAGCUCCCAAAGCAGGCCAUCCCUCCAGCAAGAAAAUCCCAGAUAUGCAGGCUUCCCCUCAAAGCCAAAAGCCCAUGCCGCAGAAAGGAGCUAGGAAAAAAAAACUCCCUCUCCAAAGAGACACAACUAAAGGCCCAGCACAUCUGAGUAAGGCACCAUCUGGAGGCAAACAGAUGCUACUGCAACCGGAGUCUCCUAGCGAACCAGCUCCCACAAAGGUGCCUGACCAUCCCAAUCCCAGCCCUUCUCUAAGCCCCCAGGGGAACGAGAGUCAACAAGUCCACAUGCCAGGAAUUUCUGAGCUACCCCACACUGAGCCACAGCCCAAAGACCUCCAGUCACAGGAAGAGAAAAGGGAAAAAACACAUCAUUCCAGAAAAAAGACCCAGACUAACCUGCCCCCAAGUGAAUCCAAAAAAGGACCAUCUUUGAAAAGAGAGAUUUCUCAAGGAUUAUCUAAAGAAAAUGAAACUGCCCUCAGUGGUGAACAGCCAAUUCAAGAGGGUCUGCCUGCUCAAAAAAGACCCCUACAGAGUGAAAAGGACCCCACAGAGUCAGUACAAGGCCAUCCUUCUCCUGUGGAACAUGCAGGAAAGAGAGACCAGGUCCACAACAGGGAAAAGUCUCAGAAGAGAGAAACUGUGUUGGAACCACCAGAGAAAAAGAGUGUGUCCCACAAAGGCACUAGUCGGAUCAGAGAGAGCUCUGUCCAAAGGGAUAGUGCACCUGCUUCCAAGCCACAGACCAAAGAUAAACAGACCCGCAAAAAUGGGGGCACAGCACAGGACAAAAGCAUUGCUGUUUCCCAAGGUCAGGUGUCAGCCAAGGAGCAGGGCAGCCGGAUGGGACGACUGCGAGCCAGGGGCAGUCAGAGCACCAAAGUGUGACCCCCGCCAUGGAGCUGCCAGGUUAAAGUCUGUU